CCGUUGCAUAGUCUCCCUCCACAAAAACCCAAAUGCUCCUCCCCAGCGGCCAGCGCCCGGGUAACGCACCAGUACCACUAGUCCACCACAGUCUACACCAGCGAUUGGCGCGGUGAAGCAGAAGCAGUAGCGGACCUAGCGGUACAGGUUUACAGCAGCCACCCCCACCCCUUCGAGGACGGAAGGCGCGACCGCGAGAUGGUGUCCAGGACGCCCACAAAGCCGCGGCCGUCGCCCAAGACCGGUACCGGCACCGGCAUCGGCAGCGUCACCCCGCCGAAGUCGUCCCCGACGCUGGUGGCCCGUCGCUGCCUUGCUCUCCGCCGCCGUGUUUCCCCCGCCACCGCCAAGCGCCGCGGGAGCCCGCUCAAGUCGCUCGCGUCUGCGCCCACGGCCGUCGCCGCCUCCUUCGACCGCUCCAUCCGCUCCUGCCGCCGCCGCCUCCUCAAGCUCUUCGCCCGCCUCGCCGUCCUUGGCAGCUCGCGCAAGCGCCGCGCUGCCUCCGCGGGGUUCCAGCGCCUCCGCUCCUCCUCGGCUCCUCCGCCUCCGCCUCCGCCUCUGCCUCUGCCUUCGCAGAACCCCGCGGUCCGCGCGCAGUCCGCGGCGCUGCCGCCGCCGCCGUCGCCAGGGAGGCGGACGCUGUUCCUGGACCUCGACGAGACGCUCAUCCACUCCCAGACGGAGCCGCCGCCCUCGCGGUUCGACUUCACCGUGCGCCCCGUCAUAGGUGGCCAUGCGGUCACCUUCUACGUCGUCAAGCGCCCGGGUGUCGAGGCGUUCCUCCGCGCGGCGGCGGAUGCCUUCGAGGUCGUCGUCUUCACCGCCGGGCUGCAGGAGUACGCCUCCCUCGUGCUCGACCGCCUGGAUCCAGACGGGGAGGUGUUCGCGCACCGCCUCUACCGCGGCGCCUGCCGCGACGCCGGUGACGGGACGCUCGUCAAGGAUCUGGCCGCCACCGGUCGGGCGCUGGACCGCGCUGUCAUCAUCGACGACAAUCCCAAUGCCUACGCCCUGCAGCCGGAGAACGCCGUCCCGGUGGCGCCGUUCGUGGAUGAUGACAACGACCAGGAACUGCAGAGGAUGACGGCGUUCUUGGACGUCGCUGCGGGGUACGAAGACACCCGGGACGCCAUCAGAUGCUACAAGGAUCUCGUCACGGCAACCUGAGCCGCUAUCCCUUCUUAAGCCAGUUUCAGGUUUAAUGUUAGCACAUUUUUCUCAGAUUAGUCUACUGGUUAGUGGGAAAGAGAAACAUUGCUGCGGAACAGGACGUGUGGUAAAGCUUUGAUUUUUUCAGGAUCUUCCUGAACUUCAAUGCGAGUAUUAUGAGACC